AUGCCAUCCUAUCCCCCAUGUCGACAACCUCGUCUCCUCGCUGUCCUCGAGCCAUAUCGGCCAGGAGGCAAUAGACUCUUCCGUAUCACCCCGCCUCAACCCGUCCCGCCACUUCCUCCUCUCCCUCCCUCCGCCAUCUACCCCUCGCUAACCUCCCUCCCCUCCCUCCAGGACCAGCUCGCCGAGUCCCUCUUCUGCAACACACUGCCAUCAUCCUCCUCCUACCAAACACCAGUUGAACUCAGACGCGACACGAUAAACACGCGCCUCUCCUCCCUCUUGCCUCCCGCUAUCUGUCCCAUCCAGCCCUCCUCCCACCACAAACCCCGAUCUUCAUCAGAACCUGACUCGACUCACCCAUCAAGGAGCCACCUACCUGCCAUCGUCGACCCUCUUCAGCAGAGCUCCAUCGCGAACAAGCACACAACCCACCUCCUGAGAGUACCGACCUACCUCCGCAUCAUUGACUGGACCGACUGUGGUGGAACAAGGAGUGGAGCCCUUUUCCCACCGACUCAGGAGUCUCCUCCAUUGUAG